AUGGCCGUCUAUGCAGACGACGUGGCACUCUGGUCCACUGCCCCCAGCUACAGAAGGCAACGUAUGGUAUGCGCUCUCCAGCGAGCCCUGACAAAUGCAGUGUAUCGUCUCCACCAACUGGGCUUGGCAAUAUCAGCCGAAAAAACGAUUGCGCUGUGCUACUCUCCAAAGAGGCCAAGCAAGUUCAUGCCCACACUACGCAUUAGGGACACUCCAGUGAAACUGGCGAAAACGGCCACAUAUCUUGGCGUCACGUUGGACUCGAGGCUAUCCUGGGGCCCAGCAAUGAGGGAAGUGCUUCAAAAGAUGCGAACCCAUACAAACAUCCUCCGGAUGGUCAGCGGAACUACUUGGGGAACCUCAUCUAACAUGAUGCUGCAACUGUAUAGGGGGCUCAUCCUGGCCCGCCCAUUGUACGCCCUACUUUUCGCCACACUCAGUCUCAACCAGCUCAAAAACUUUGAACAAGCGCAACGCGUGGCACUCAGGAUUUGCCUUGGAGUUCCCCGCACAGCCUCGUCUCUACAUACGCUCACAGAAUCCAGGAUUAACUUUGUAGAGAACAUCAUGCAAGAACGGGCGCUGGGUCAUCUGACUCGAAUGAGCAACUGCGACUCGACCAUCACGCUCCUAAUGAGGAUCGCCCAGCGGGCUGAAUCAAGACUAGGAAUGCACCUCUGCAUUCUUGGUGACAUAGCUGGCACACCAGGACCACUCGCUCCACUCUCAGAGCUGCACAAAGAUCCCCACCCCCUGCGUACCAGCCUUCAUAUCCCUGGACUGCGGUCCAAGAAGAACGUAGCAGUGGUUGUAGCAAGGCAGCUCACGGAAGAUCACUUAGUUACCCAGUACGAUGGGUGGACCCGAGUGUACACCGACGGAUCAGUGGACCCCACCGGAGGCACAGCAACGGCAGCGGCUUUCUUCGAGGCAGCAGCUGUGGGUACCAGUGAGCGCCUGGAUCACCAGGCAUCCUCCACCACGGCAGAGCUAGCAGCCAUACGGCUCGCACUCUGGGGUAUUCGGACAGGCUGCACACAGGCCUUAUGCUGGGUCAUCCUGAGCGACUCAAGAUCAGCCCUCGAGCUGCUAUCUAGGCUCCAACGGGCAACGCCCCUGGCCCUUUCAAUCGCGCAGGAUGCAGUCGAGCUUCAGCAAGAAGGCAACGACAUUGCCUUCCAAUGGCUCCCGAGCGACUGUGGCAUUAGAGGCAAUGAAGUCGUUGAUUUUCUAGCGGUGCGGGCUCACAAGGACCCCGAGUGCCCGCUUUCAACCGUUCCCCGCUUCUCAGACGCCAAGCUCCUUGUGAGAAGAGCCAUCGCCCUACAGCACCCGGACCCUGUUGUGGUGGCGGGUACCUUCCCAGCUCGGGUACCGCGCGGCUUCGACCGCCAAACUGCCGCAGUAAUACACAGAUUACGGACCGGAAGCGCCUUCACCCCGGCGUGCAUAAGUCGCUUCAGACUCAAUGUUGACCCCAUAUGCCAGACCUGCGAGGAAACGGCCGACGCCGAACAUCUCCUUCUGCACUGCAGUGAUCACGAAGAGGAGCGCACCAACCUCCGUGAUGCUUUUUCCCGCCUAGGGCUACCUAGUACCAACUUGGAAGAACUCCUGCGUCCAAGAGCCUCACGAGCUACUACGGACAAGGCACUCAAGAGUGUCGUCAGCUUCCUAAGGAGCGCGGAGCUCCUCGAGAUACUGAUCCCUCACAACUGUGGCAGAAGUGACAACACCAACCACGGCAGCAACAACAGGAACGACAACCAAAGCAACAAUAUCAUCCACAACAAUGAAGACAAAAAAUCCAACAACAAAGAUGCCAGCCAGAAGCACCACCAGAGCGACCACAGCUGUCACAACAAGAACGACCAGGGGAAUAACAACAACAACGACAACAAAAAGGACAACAAGAGCGACAAUGAUUGCAACAAAAGCGACAACAACAACAUCAGGAAGAGCGACAACGAAAAGCACAAAUAG